CACUGCCUCGAAAGCUUGAUUUCUGCGACGAGGGAAGGUGGUGUUUUAUUUAUUUAUUUAUUUGUUUCUGGCGAAGAUGUGUGAUGAGAAAUAGUGGUCUCGCAGACGGGGACCCGGUGGCAGCGAAACGGUCGGGUCCGGGUGGUUCCCGAAAAAGACCAUCUUGAGUUUUCUUUGAGACGUCGGCGACUUUAAGAUUAACGGUAGUACGCGGGCACGUUUUAAUCUGUUACGAUGCGGCCGAGGGUUCUGUGGCUGAAUUGGUCUUGGGGGAGAAAAGGAACAAACAAGCCCGAUAGUUAACCGCUAAGUAAUAACAAGGUGGGGUGUUUGAUGUUCCCAGAGGGAUCCCUGAAAGUUAUGGCUGCUUAAUGGUCCCAGGUGGAUUUUUACACGGUGAUUAUUUGCACUUUGAAGAAACAAGCUGCUGUCAGCGAAGUGAGUUAAAAAGAAUCCGUUAAUUUUGACAGUAUUCUAUGUUUUACCCUCUUGCGGAGUCUUCUUAUAUUCUGUUUGAGAGAGUGAAGUUAAGGAAAGAGAGUUUUGCUCUCCUGAUCUUCAGGAAAAUGGUUACGGGUAGUCUGUUAUGAAUGUUUGGGAAGGCGUGGAGUCUCCCGUCCGUCAUUGGAGAACAGAGCACGUUGAAAAAAUGGGAUGGAUUCAGUUUUAAUAGGUAAUACUGUGUUUUAAUCAUCAGGGUGAACUUAGACUCUAAUGCGAUGUAGCUCGCAGUGCCAGACAAGUACAAGGUACUUUACGGCAGAUUGAAAAAAAAAAAAACAAAACACUUCUCUCAUGCUUCCAGAGCUUCACAGUCUUUUUUAGACAACCGUUCCUAUCAUUUCAAUAAAGUGAGUUAGUUCGCAGUGCCAGAAAAAUACGAGGUACUUUACUCCAGAUAAGCUUCACGAACUUUAUACAGCCAUUCCCGUCAUUCAAACUCAACCGUCUUUGGGAGAGCAGAAAUGGCAUUUUAGCCAAAAGCAGUGGGAUAAUCCUUUAUUAUGCUCCUCGUGGUCUUUAAUGUUCAGAACAGACACUUCAUCAAACUUGCCUGAAAGGCCUUGAACGGUGAACAGCAAACAGUAUUGUACUUGAUGUGUCAUUUCUAAAAGGAUGAACAGUUGAGCUGAUACUUUAAGUGUUGAAUCGGGGGCUCAUGGGAGUCUUUGUAUUAACAGGCUCGGGCUUAAACCUCUGUAAGCUCUCUGGUGAAGGGGUUCAUGAGUUUGCAGUCAUCUAAGCUCAAGGUGGUUGAUGAAAUGAAACGGGAAAAAUUCAAAACUAGGUUGGAGAUGCUGGCAGUUGAAUCAUUUGAAAGAACGAGGGACUCAUUCAGGAAUGGGCAUCUAUGAACCAGACGUUUUAUAAAUUCGAGAAAGAAUGUUGUUAACAUACAGGCUUUACCCUCCCCCUUCUCUUCCUCCCACCCCCCACAAAGAAGGAUUCACUGUCAAAGAUACUGACUGGGUUGGCUCGUGUGCCUGUCUCAUUUACCAAAGUUGAAAUAAAAAGUAAAGUAGAAAGUAAGGCGAAUCCAAAAUGGCAAAAACGCACUAUAAAAGUCAUCCAGCUUUAGUGGAACAACAUACAGUAUUUGCGAAGUGUAUUAAGUUUGUUUUCCGAGAGCAGCGGCGGUGUUGUGUGGUCAGUAGAGAACCCUGUGCGUCCUCAAAUAUUCAACAACAAUUGGUGUAACUUCUCCUAACAAUAGUACAGGAAGUCCUCGCGCUUAGGACACGAAUGAUUCCUGAAAACUGCAUCGAAAGUUAAAACCGAUUUGGUCACUGGCACAGUGGCGUAAAGGGGGGAUUUGUACCUCCUGAACCGUGGUCGGGUUUUUUUUUUUUUUUACUAGACCCCAAUUUCUAUCCUCAACCAAUUCCGGUUAAGUAACAUAAGUAUGUCGAUGUAUUUAUAUUGAGUUAACGAGGUUCCGUGAUGAGGUAGCCGAUUUUUAUGUCUUUGGGAGAAAAGUGGCCGUAUCGAUCCUCCCUGGUCAUUCUGUCUGGCGAUCGAGUGAUUCCCCCUCUUCCUCCACCUCUUUUAAUUUUUUGGCUCCAUUUCCACUUGGCUCUUCUGCUACCCCCCUCCCCCUCCGCCCCCAUCUGUGCCCCACUAACGAAGGGGCGUAAGGGAGGCUGGUGUUGUAAAGUCAAAACCGAUGUGUUGUAAAGCUGAAACGGAAUGCAUUUAGAAAUACAAGCGCUGUUCAUCUUAACCCGAAACAUCUUAAAACCGAGGACUGCCUGUACCAGGUUAGAUGCUUUUGUGGGUUUUCCUGCAACUUUUGUUAGAGAGGUGGUCAGAGGCAGGUAAGGGGGCAUGCUGUCUUAACUGACUUGAUCGUAGCUGGAGAAGCAGUCUAGUUCUGAUGAACUGUGAACUUGAGUAGCACAAGUGAAACGUUUUCACUGCUAUUAAAGAUGACAAUUUCCUCUUGUAAAUUAUUCUUUAGCGGAAUGCUUCUCCAAAAGUGGGUAGCAACCAGAUCAAAUCAUGGGAUGAGCUCCGUCUCAGCCUCUUGUUUCCGGAUUAUUUCCAGCCUCUCUGCCGGCUGGAGCCAGGGACGGGAUUUUCCCGUCCAGGCGUGUGGCCCUCUCCCCUCCGACCGAAGCUCACGUGUGGCUCCAGCCGGCAGACCCCACUUUCUCUCUGCUGCAGAGGAAUGAUCUUCGGCUUUCUUCUACCUUCGGACUCAAGAACUGCCCGGGCCCAUCCUUCCAAGGGACAGCCACCACUCCCUCCGUCAGGGCUUGGGCCACCUUCAUUUGUAACACCGAGGGACAGUCCACCGGCAAAUCUGGACAAGAUGCCCUCCUGUCCCCCACGAGGACAUCUGUUGAGCGCUGUUGCCCGGAUGCCAUCCGCAGGAGAGAGAACCAAUUUGGGCUGCCCGUCCUCCAUCAGCCGCCCCCCAAACGACUCCCCCCUUCCACCGAGGGGGGAUUAAGGUGUGUAAUAGCCCAUGAUCUGAUCUGGUUGUCACUCGCUUUUGGAGAAACGCCAUUUACUUACCUGUAAUAGUAGUUCCCUAAAAGUGGGUAGCACACCAGAGUCAGAUUUCCUGCCACUCAGAUUUCCCACUGCUCAGACGAACUCCAGCCAUACCGCGGUACCACUAAUCAUGUGCUUUAUUUUCUUGGGACCUACCCUGCCACGGACGUCGCGAAAGUGGGGUCUGCCGGCCAGAGCCAUAUGCGAGCCCCGGUCGGAGGGGAGGGGCCGCGUGCCUGGACGGGAAAAUCCAGUCUCGAGGGCCCCAGCCAGCAGAGAGGCUGGAAACAGAGGCUGAGAUGGAGCUCACACCAUGAUUUGAUCUGGUGCCCACCACACUUUCAGAGAACUGCUACUACAGAUCGUUGCCUCAAACCGAUGAGCUGCACCGUGUGGAGAACAUUUUCUUUUCUGAAUCGUUCUAACAGUCUGCAGCCCUGUCACUGAGACCUUUUGGAUGUCUGCUGAGGAAAACUUAGAGAGCUCUAGGUGCCCAGGAUUCAGUGGCUGGGCCUGCCUCUGAGACAUUUUCUUUUUGCUUUAUGCCUGAGCAAGGUGGUCCAAGUGCUGAGGAGAUGAACGGAGAACAACAAUAUGACACAGACGCUGGAUCUGGUAUGGAGGAAGUGGAAUUUAACUGGGAUGAAUAUCUGGAAGACACAGGAACCACAGCAGUUCCUCAUGGGUCCUUUAAGCAUGUGGAUACAAGUUUACAGAAUGGAUUUGCUCCUGGCAUGAAGCUUGAAGUUGCUGUCAAAACAGAUCACGACACUUACUGGGUUGCCACAAUCGUCACCACUUGCGGGCAGCUCCUUCUGCUACGAUAUGACGGCUAUGGCGAGGAUCGCAAAGCUGACUUCUGGUGCGACAUCAUGACAGCAGACUUACACCCCAUUGGGUGGUGCGAACAGAACAAGAAGGUUCUCAAAGCUCCUGCAGGCAUCAAAGAUAAGUUUUCGGACUGGAAUGAGUUCCUACAGCAGACCCUGAAGGGAGCCUGUAGUGCUCCUGCUAACCUGCUAGAGGGUCUUCAUAAAGGAAAGAAUCCUUUGGAUCUUAUUGCACCAGGCUCCAGACUGGAGUGUCAGAAUUUCCGGGAUUCCUUGGGUGCUUGGAUCGUUAACGUGGCAGACAGUGUCGGGGGGAGACUGAAGUUGCACUAUGAAGGACUGGAGAAUUCUGACCAGUUUGAACAGUGGUUAUUCUACUUGGAUCCAUUCCUUCAUCAAGUUGGCUGGGCAACUCGACAAGGAUAUGACCUUCAUCCCCCAUUAGCUAUCAGACACUUGAAGAGUGAGGUGGAGUGGAAUGAGAUCUUGACGAAAGUAAAAGAGGAGGAGGAAGAGUCGUUGUUACCGACUGACCUCUUUAAGGACAAGCCAGUGAUAGGCCUGCAUACGUUUUCCGUGAGCAUGAAGUUAGAGGCUGUGGAUCCACUGGCUCCUUUUGUGAUCUCUCCUGCUACAGUCAUUAAGGUAUUCAAUGAGAAAUACUUCCUGGUGGAAAUUGACGACUUGCGACUAGAACUCUCCGCAAAACGAUCCUUUGUGUGCCACGUCAAUAGUCACGGCAUUUUCCCGGUGCAGUGGAGUCUGAAAAAUGGAUUAAAUCUCAGCCCCCCUCCCGGUUACCCGACCCAGGAUUUUGAUUGGGCGGACUACCUCAAACAGUGCGGUGCUGAAGCUGCUCCCCAGAGCUGCUUUCCUUUGCCAAUUUCGGAUCAUGGAUUUAAGGAGAACAUGAAGCUUGAGGCCGUGAACCCUAUUGAUCCUGAAGAAGUAUGCGUGGCUACCGUUACGAUGGUUAAGGGUUCCUACCUGUGGCUUCAGUUGGAAGGCUCAAAACAGCCCGUGCCUGAAUGCAUCGUGAGUGUGGAGUCCAUGAAUAUUUUUCCUGUGGGUUGGUGUGAGACCAAUGGUUACCAGCUCAGGUCUCCUCGCCGAGGAUUAGUGAACAAACAAAAGAAAGUUGCAGUGGUUCAACCAGAGAAACAAACAGUUCCCGAAGGCCUGAAAAACCAGGAGCUGAAUUCCACAGACUCAGUUGUAGUCAACGGAAAAUAUUGCUGCCCAAAGAUCUACUUCAACCACCGGUGCUUCUCAGGGCCAUACCUCAACAAGGGCCGAAUCGCCGAGCUGCCACAGUGUGUGGGACCUGGAAACUGUGUUCUCGUCCUUAAAGAGGUUCUCACUUUACUGAUCAAUGCAGCCUACAAACCGAGCCGUGUCCUUCGGGAGCUCCAGCUGGAUGAGGAUUCGGUGUGGCAUGGGCAUGGGGAGAUCUUGAAAGCAAAGUACAAAGGGAAGAGCUAUCGGGCUACAGUCGAGAUAGUGAGGACAGCCGACCGGGUGGCCGACUUCUGCCGGAAAACCUGCAUCAAACUGGAAUGCUGUCCGAAUCUCUUCGGUCCUCAGAUGGUUCUGGACAAAUGUUCCGAGAACUGCUCCGUACUGACCAAGACCAAAUACACACACUAUUACGGGAAGAAGAAAAACAAGAGAAUUGGGCGACCACCUGGUGGGCACAGUAAUUUGGAAUGUGGCAUGAAGAAACAGAACAAAAGGAGAAAGAGAAGGAAGCAUUUCUUUGUCCAUAAGAAGAAGCGCUCCUCUCCAUCUGUGGACACCACACCAGCAGGUUCUCCCCGGGGUAGUGGAGGAGAAGAAGAGGAUGAGCAGGAUGAAGUGGAUGAAGAAUCCUUAAGCGAGGACAGUGUUUCUGAGCAACAAGAUGAGCUUCAGGAGUCAGAAGUAUCGGAGAAAAAAUCCCGUUCCUCCUCUCCCACCCAAAGCGAGGUGUCACCUUCACUGCCUCAGGAUCAAGAUAAGAGGAAGAGGAAGCCCCGCACUUUUUCCUUCUCCGAUGACGAGAACAAACCUCCUUCACCAAAGGAAAUAAAGAUUGAAGUGGCUGAAAAGCUGCAGCUGGACAGUAAUCCACUGGAUUGGAGUGUGGCCGAUGUUGUGCGGUUCAUCAAAUCCACAGACUGUGCUCCGUUAGCGAGAAUAUUCCUGGAUCAGGAAAUUGAUGGGCAGGCACUACUACUCCUUACUCUUCCCACUGUUCAAGAAUGCAUGGACUUGAAACUGGGACCUGCCAUCAAACUCUGUCAUCACAUUGAGAGGAUCAAGUUUGCCUUUUACCAGCAGUUUGCCAACUAAGAAGCGUGGCCAAGCUGAACAGGACCUUGGAAGCACAAUUGUAGUGAGCUAUUCCUCGGGGUAGCCAGGUGGGGCCAAAAUGGCUCUCUGGUGAUGCCGAUUUGCAGGUGUCCGCUUGCCAUGUUUUUGCACUUUGAGGAAAGACAGACCACACCCUUGGGGCAAAGUACCAAUGUAAUCGGGAUGGAAAUGUGGCAGUCUUUUGGCUGGCAGAUUGCAGUUUUGGUUGGUUUGUUUUAACAAAAGGUAUUGGUGGGGGAGGAGGGAAAACAGGCUCCUGUGAGGAGAAUGAGCAUUUUGGGAUGUGUGCAUGUAAAAGAAGAAAAAUGGACAGUGAUUUUAAGUGAAAAUCGCGAGUGCUGGAAAGUCUUUUGUUUAUUUCCUUUCUGUUCCCCCCCCCCUUUAUCCCAAGUUUUUUUUCUUCCUGUUCCAUCUUUCUUGGAAGACAAGAACUUAACUUUGUGAGCACUGAUACGGGAUUGAGCCGUGGGCGUGUCAGUGCUUGUGUGUGUGUGUGUGUGUGUGUGUGUGUGUUUUCCUUAAAGCAGCUCAUUUUGGGGAUAUUGUAGCUCUAGGACUCUGAAUGUAGUCACAUUUUGGUCUAUUUAAAAAUUAUAUUUCUGGGGACUUUUUUUUUUUCCACUACCUCUGUUUAAAAUUGCAGCUAAUAGCUCUUGAUGGAUCUCCCCACCCCUUCCCCCCACCCCAGGUGCCAUUUUCAACAGCAACCUGAACACCAAAAAUAAUGCUUUCAGGGGAUUGGUGGUGGUUUGCUAUCUUUAUUUCUAACUUAGUUUGACAAGUUCUCUGGAAGUUUUACACUAGUUCUUUAGUCUCUCCCUCUCCUCCAUUCAGAGAUUGGUCUCCUAGUUCAGCAGCAUCCCAAGAAGAGGUUUAUAGGCACCUUAGCAACAAUGAUGUUCAUUUCCAUUAGCUCUUUCAGUGGACUUUGGAAAGUGUGUUUUGUCUUCAGUUUUUCUUUGAGGUUGCAGCAACAUUUUGUUCCUUUGAAAGCAUGCUGGGCUUUUUGAGGUUAAAUUCUGCAACCACCCCCUCCGCACCCAGGAAAGACUCACCUCACCUCUUUUUCCCUCCUGCUGAAAGUGGGGUUUUGGCUUUCUCUAAUUCAGGCAAAGCAAAUAGAACACUUGUGUUUUCAGGGACAUAGAAUAUCGAUUAAAAAUUGAAGACUAGCCAGCCACUUGUGGGUUUCUGCUGAGUUGUCCUUUGAGCUGCAUAUAAGAUGAAUGAUAUAGGGAUUGGAUUCACUAGCUUUUAUGUUACACACACCCCACUCCCACAUCACAACAAUUCCUCUCCUCACCCCUGCAGAGUCACCUCAAAUCUCAAAAUAGAAUCUUGCCCAGGUCCUGAUGGUUGUUCACAAAUCAUUUUCAAGAUAUCCCAAAUUAUAUCCAAACAAAUCUCUCUAUCCCUUCUCAAAAGUUCCCCACGGUGUAAGUAUUCAACUAUUACGAAGGACAGUUUAUCAUUAAUUCAGUUAUCUGUCAGGUCCUGGAAAAUCUAGAACACAAGAUCUGGGUCCCAUGUUCAGUGGAUAGUCAGUAAAUUACCCAGAAUCUGUUGAUAAAAUGGCACGUGGAAGUACUGCCCCCCUCCCCCCAGUUCUGGCAGAAAACAUGUUCUCACUGAUCAUUUUGGCUAGAACAUUGUUGGGAAAUUAGGGAAUGUUCAUUCCACAGUGUGAGCCUGUUGGAAUAGUACAUCAUGUAUUACCUGUAACACAGGGUUUUGCAAGAAUGUAAUCCUGCAUUUUAGGAGUACUGGGUCUAUCAACUUAUUUGUAAUAGCAACUUGGAGUUAUUGGAUUCUAGCAAUAAAGAGUGGGUACAAGAUAGUGUUGUUGAGCUUAAAUGUGGGCCUCCUGCAUUGUCCCUUAAGGUGAUGAAUAGGUCAUUUGUCAGAGGGGAGAAAGAACUGCAUAUUGCAUAUGUUAAUGUGUGGGAAGUAAUAAAGGGACCCUAAUUGAA